AUGGCAUGGAUGAGCAAGAGAUGCCUUGGGGUUGACGCAGGACCGCAAGACGAAAGGACAACAGACCCCACCCAAGACGGGAUGGCGGGCACCAAGGAUGCCGGGGUACAAAAAGUAGCAAAGGUCAACAACAAGGUACGGUGCAGUAGCGAGCGAGUGACUGGAGUCAAGUCUGGUCUGGUCCAACUGCUCCAUGUCCGUACUCCGUACCUAGGUACCGGACUGACUGUAGUAGACCAGACUGCAAGCAUGGGAGCAGAGUCUGGUGGUGCAUGUGUAAAGUCUGGUGUCUGGUGCGUGUGGGCUCAACUGGACUUGGGGGAACAUGGACUUGAGCGGGGACGAUCCGUGCCUUGA